AGAAAAUACAUCAGCAGUAGCAGCAGCAGCAGCAGCAGUAGCAGAGGUGGACACACUAUCAGUUAAUAAAAGUGGAAGUAGUAGUAGGCAGUGUUAAGUGAAGUGAAAAAUAUAUGCAGUUGAAAAAGGAGCAAUUUUAGGAUUGGACUAAAAGAAAGCCGUAUUGCGAGAGCUUGAAAAGAGUUAAUCGAACAGAACUAGCAAGUUUCUUUUUCUGGAUCUUUGGUAAAUUGGAACAUGAUUCAUGUGGUCGAUUCGAGGAAUGGAUAAAAGUUGGAACGCAUUGAGCAAGCCGUCAUUUUUUCGUCGUCAUUUCAAUUAUUUUCUUCAGUAAGAGAACCCGUAUCAGUAGAAAAAAGGGUAGGUAAGGAAGGAUAGCCGAGCAGAAAGGGAAAAAUCAGCUUGCGAGUUUCGCGUGUGUGUGCGAGCGAGAAGGUGUGUAUACGAAAAAAAAAGUUAACAAAGGAAAGUGUCGAAGAUCUCGAGCUGUGUGCUAGCCUAGGCAGCAGGAACCAGCAGAAGUACGAAAAAGGGGCAAGCAGGGAGACGGGUGUUCUCUUUUGCUUUUUUUUUAUCAUCAAAUGGCUGACAGCAGUGUGAAUGCAAAGUGUAGUGAUGGUGUUUCGUAUUUUGAUAGCUCGCUAAAGGAAAAAAUGACUUCACACAACAAUCCGUCGAACAGCUCGUCUUCGAAUUCUGGAGGCACCGGAGGAGCUGCUGCAGGGACAUCCGGCAGCCAAACGACGAUGGUCGAUCGACUGAAGAUGCUCUAUCCGAACGUAAACGAGGCCGUCGAUCCGCUGCCCCGUUCCUGGAGCUCCCAAGACAAGUGCACGACCAUUGGGCUGACCCAGAAUAACUUACGUGUUCAUUACAAAGGAGUUGGUAAAUCACACACAGACGCAGCAUCGGUGCGUACGCCAUAUCCAAUUCCUGCCGCAUGCGGACUGUACUAUUUUGAGGUGAAGAUAAUCUCCAAAGGUCGCGAUGGCUACAUGGGCAUCGGAUUGACCGCACAUCCACACUUCAAAAUGAAUCGGUUACCGGGUUGGGACAAGCAGUCCUACGGGUACCACGGUGACGAUGGCAAUUCGUUUUGCUCCUCCGGUAAUGGACAACCGUACGGGCCCACCUUUACCACCGGUGAUAUUAUUGGUUGUGGUGUAAAUUUAGUCGAUAAUACCUGUUUCUACACUAAGAACGGCCACCAUCUAGGAAUAGCUUUCAAAGAUUUACCGGUAGGUCUACUAAUUGUCGCACUUCAACCGAAGUUAUUAUUCAUCUCGUCACUUCACUUUCAGCCACGGUUAUAUCCCACAGUGGGACUGCAAACACCCGGCGAAGUGGUGGACGCCAACUUUGGUCAGGAACCAUUCAAAUUCGACAUCGAAGACAUGCUGAAGGAGCUGCGAGCGGCUACCAAAGCGACCAUCUACAAUUUUCCCCUGCCGGACGAUCAGGGCGACUGGACUGUGAUCUUGCACAAAAUGGUCUCCUCGUAUCUAGUGCACCAUGGGUACAGCACGACGGCGGACAUGUUCGUCCGGACCACCGGGCAGUCGCUGCAAGAGGACAUGGCGUCGAUAAAGAAUCGACAAAAAAUAAUCAAACUAGUGCUAUCGGGGCGCAUGGGUCAAGCAAUCGAGCAAACAGUACACCUAUAUCCAGGCCUGCUGGAAUCGAAUCAAAAUUUACUAUUCAUGCUCAAAUGUAGGCAGUUUAUCGAGAUGGUGAAUGGAUCUGAUUUUGACCUAGGUGGUUCAACUCACACGAGUCCAGUGCAAACGUCGGUGAUACAGUCGACCAAAAGUUUUCAAAAUGGAAACACAGUCAUCCCGGAUAGCGGAGACAAUCAGGGUUUUAGUAAAAAUAGCGUCCUUAGUAAUAAUGGUACGUGUAUCGAAGACGACUACUCCAACGACGUGGAGAUGGAGAAUGGCCAUACGAACAACGUGAACUCGAACGGCUACAAGAAUGGAACCUCCAACAAUAACUUGAACGAUUCUCUCGACGACGACGAGGACGACGACGAUGGCAGGGACGAAGAUAUGGAUGUAGACUCAUCGCUAUCAGCCAACUGCAAAUCGGCCAGCGCUGCCGGUGUCGGCCGGUCCGGUGUCGAACGGAUGCUGGCAUUUGGAAGGGAACUAUUCCAGAUGAGCCAACGACUGGAAAAGGAGCAAGGGGUUAACGAAACCAAUCAGAAAAUGUUAGAGGAUGCAUUUAGUUUAUUAGCCUAUUCUAAUCCUUGGUCGAGCCCGCUGGGUUGGCAGCUAUGUCCGUCGCGUCGGGAAUCUGUAUGUGCUGCCCUAAAUUCUGCCAUAUUAGAAUCAAUGAGCUACUCGUGGCGGCCACCAGUGGAAGUGUGCAUAGCGCACGCCUGCGAACUGCUCCGCCUAAUGUCCAGCUCAUCCCUUGGUGCGUGCGCCUUCGUUAGUGUGGAGGACGUUCUCACGCAGCAGCAGCAUCAUUGACUACAGCUGUUUCUUCAGCUGUCCUCUUUUUUCAACGUCUAAAUUCUCGGCUGCGCCAAAAAAAAACAAGAAACAAGCUCUGAAACCCAAAACCAAAUCACCCCUUGUGUACCGCGCCGUCAUCGCACUGCUGCACUGUUCCUGCUGCUUCCUCUAGAUGCUUCUUAGCCACUCUUGGAGCAAUUUCCUCUUUCCACUACCCGGUUUCUUUCUUAGCACCGUGUUGCAUCCAAUCACUGUAAAUUUCUUUUGAAGUCAAAGCUUCAAUGCAAUGCACAUCUGCUUCAAUCGGUAAUUCGUGCGGUGUUCUUUUUAAUUUAUUUUUGCUAUACGUUUUUUUCUGGUUUGCCUCCACAUUUUGUUGAACAUUGCGAUGGCUUUCCAGCUGGUGACCUCUUACCUCCCGCAGUGCAACUUAGUUGUUGGAUCCUCUGGGCAGUAGCAGUGGUUAGUAUCUAGUACCAUGGAGAGCUGAAAUAGAGUUGAAUAGUGUUGCAAUUACCGUGCCGUUGUAGCAGCAAAAAAAAAAAAAUCGAAAUGAACCAUUCAGUCAUGCUGGUUUCCUGAUGUUUUUUUAUCGCAAACUGCUCUUUUUUUUGUUUUUUACUAUAUUUUAGUUCAUCUUGAGUUUGUUUGAAAUUAGGGUAAAGUCUUUAAGGAUCAUGCAUACCACAUAAGAAUAUUAUGAAGGAUGUAAAAUAUGAAUAAACAGUAAAUUGGAAAACGUGUUGAACAAGAGCAAUCGAUUACGGUUUGUGCCUGCCUGAGAGAGCAUAGUCGACGGAAGAGGGUGGCGCAUUUUAUUUAGAUUUCACCAGAACUUGAACAGGACUUGAAAUGCCGAGAACAGUGAAUUUUGAAAACAACACACACUCUUUGCAGGGCCUAAAUCAUGCUUACCAGCACCGCAAUAUUUUUUUAGUAUAAAAGGGCAGCCCAAUGUUAUGUACUGUAUAAAAUGCAAAAAAAAAAAAACAGUUGAGAGAAUUUUUGUCAAGUCUUCUUUACGUUGAAAACAAAAACUUGCUCUUGUGGAGACUUAAUUAAAUUACUAUGAUAGGUACCACGUUCUGCUGGAAAACGCUUGGCAGUUUCCUCGAUGUCACAAUGUGCCACCCCGGUAGUCGCAAAGACGGACAUAAACACACACUCAAACUCAUGUACACAGCAGGUGUUGAGAAUGAAAAUCAAGCAACUAAAAGUAAGGCUAGGUGAUAAGUGACGUUGACAAAGAUAAAAAAAUCGAUCUAACAAAUCUUAUACAUAAUGAAAUAUUUACAAGUAAAGAAUGGAUUACAGUUGAUGAAGUGAGUGUUACGAGUACUUGUUAGCAAAGUUUUAGUUUAAUUUUUGUUUUCGGGUUUUUCAUCCUGCUCAUAGCUUUAAGGUUUUCUUGAUAUCUUUGUGUAAGUAGGUACUAGUUGCUGCCGUUGGGUCUUGUAAUUAUUUUACCUGGAGCUCUGUGAAGUAGGCCUUCCGCGAACCAGCAACAACAAGAUAUUUUGCAUGACAUUUUCCCCAAAAUACCAGUAGGUAUGCAAAGUUUUAUAUACAACAACAAUAUUCGAAGCCGGAAUUAAUCGAUAAUUGCAGGAACUAAGUUUCAAUACUUGUGAUAAAUUUUGUGGUUAAAAUUAAAACAAAAAAAUGUUUGCACUUGGUAUUUAUCGGAUGAAGCAAUUUAGAGGUUUUGUCGUGCAAAUUCAAAUCUAUAAAAAUUGAUAACCGAGAAUUUCGCCGGCAGGGUCGAAUUCUGUCCAUCGCACACACACACGGGCGCCAGCAAAUCAUUUCAAGUCGAGGAUUGUGAUGAAUAUUUGUCUCUCUUUCGAACUAAAUUUAGUUAAAUGACUGUUUUGAAUCCAAAAUAAUGUUUCAAAUAUUCACUCGAGUCCCAGAGAUAAGAUGUGUACAGUUGAUAUAAGGCAAAACACUUCGGAAGCCUGAGGAUUGCAACCUUUCACAGCAGAAUGGACAUGCGUCUUCCAGAAGAAUUUUUCCCAACCUCCCGCUGCACUCCUUCCGAUCCGGUGAGUUAAUUUCUUUUUUAUCUUUAAAUAAGCAGAAGAGCUUGCGAGGUUGUCGUUUUUAAAUAAAAUAAUAAAAUUAGCUGACGGAAAACUAAAAAACAGUUGGAUUUUCUGAAUGUAAGUCAAAUUCGAUGAAGCCGAAAUAAUAAAUGACCAAAAAUAAACGCUAAAAAUUCGGUGCGAAUCGACUGAAUGCAAACUGUAGUAAAAGUUUCACAGUUAUCAAAAAUGAAACCUUUUCGAAACAUCCUCUGCUUAUUUCCAGACGAAGUAGAAACACAGUUUUCACGCUUGUACAGAGUACCCCCUAUUUUCGUGCGCUAAUCGCUUCGUGUUCUAAAAUAUCAGUUUUCACACCAUCAACGCUUUCUGUGAAGAACUGUUUUGCCCCUCCCCCUAGUGCGUAGGAAACUAAACAACAAAACAAUGAGAAAACAAACCAAUUUACAUGAUUUCGUUUGCACUUUACUCGUACGCAAACCGCAGAAGAAAAAAUAACGCCUUCGUCUGACCAAAAAAAAAUUAAAGAACAUCAGAUGGGGCAACGUAGUUUUGAAGGUUGAUAAUAAUACGAGCAAAAAAACUGUAUAAAGAAGCUACAAUUGUUUGGAAACAACCAAUAAUAUAAUAUUAGAAAGUAUGCAGCUGAAAAAGGAGGAGUAAAAAAAAGCCCAACCCUCUUAUGUAAUAGCGUUACCGAGAGCGUAGCGGAUAGCAAGUAAUCAAUAAAGAAAACAAGUGCGUAGAAAGGAUUCAUACAUAAACACAACAACACGCCACCACACUCGUAUAAUGAAGGAAAACAAUACAAUUAAAGGAUUAACGAUAAAUAAUUUUUAAAGUUAAGUUCGAAAUAUAUAUAUAUAUAUUUAAGAGGUAAGUUUUGUGAAAUCACUGUGAAUAUCGACGCUAAAGCAGAAAAAAAUAAGGAGCAAACAG